AUGACCGCCGCGUUGAAAACUCACCCGGACCGCGUCCCAGCCGACUCCCCGGAGCGCGACGCCCGCACCCGCAAGUUCCAACUCGUCAACGACGCCUACUACACCCUCUCCGACGCCACCCGCCGCAGAGACUACGACGCCCAGCGAAGGCUCUUCGGCCCCUCGGCCCCGGAGGCGGACCCCUUCGAGGAGGCCGACGAGGAGAUUCCACAGCAGCCGGGCGCCGCCGCCCAGGGCGCGUACUCGUGGGCGUGGAACUUCUUCAACAGUCGUGCCGCCGGGGCCGCCGACAACGCCGAGCGGGAGCGGACCGAAGAUGCCCAGUUCAGCGACGUCUUCGAGGAGAUGAUGCGCGAGGAGGGCAUGGCGGAGGACGGGUCGAACGCGCCGACGAGCAAGUUCUGGAGUCUGGUUGGGGGCCUGAGCGGCGGUGCGUUGGGCUUCAUCAUCGCCAACUUCCCGGGCAUGUUGGCCGGUGCGGUGGCGGGGAACAGGCUUGGGGCGGUGAGGGACGCCAAGGGGAAGAGUGUCUAUGAGGUGUAUUCGGUAAGCUUGCUCUUGCACUUGACGGCAUUCCAGGGCCUGCUUGGACGGUGA